AUGGCUAGAUACGGUGCUACUUCCACUAACCCAGCUAAGUCUGCUUCUGCUCGUGGUUCUUAUUUGAGAGUUUCUUUCAAAAACACCAGAGAAACAGCCCAAGCUAUCUCAGGUUGGGAAUUAAAGAAAGCUCAAACUUAUUUGGAACAAGUUUUAGACCACCAAAGAGCUAUUCCAUUCAGAAGAUUCAACUCUUCUAUUGGUAGAACCGCCCAAGGUAAAGAAUUUGGUGUUACCAAGGCUAGAUGGCCAGCUAAGUCUGUUAAGUUUGUCCAAGGUUUAUUGCAAAACGCUGCUGCUAACGCUGAAGCCAAAGGUUUAGAUGCUACUAAGUUGUACGUUUCUCAUAUUCAAACUAACAGAGCCCCAAAACAAAGAAGAAGAACCUUCAGAGCUCAUGGUAGAAUUAACAAAUACGAAUCUUCUCCAUCCCACAUUGAAUUGGUUUUGACUGAAAAGGAAGAAUCUAUCAAGAAGGCUACUGAUGACAAAAAAGUUAGAUUGUCUUCCAGACAAAAAGGUAGAUUAGCUGCUCAAAAAAGAAUUGCUGCUUAA